ACACGCUCUUCACGGACCUUCUCUCCAGCUAAUUAUUUUCUCUUCACCACUCCAAUCCACCUUAUUCUAUUGCAACAAAUGACCGAUAACAACAAGAGCACCAGUAGCCAAGUCGAAAUCGACGAGGGCCUGUACUCGCGCCAGCUCUACGUGCUGGGCGUGGAUGCCAUGAAGAAGAUGAGCGCGUCGAACGUGCUGAUCAUCGGACUGCGCGGCCUCGGAUGCGAGAUUGCAAAGAACGUUAUCCUGGCUGGCGUCAAGAGCGUCACGCUUUAUGACCCGGCGCCCGUCGAGCUGCGCGACCUGUCGUCACAGUUCUUCCUUCACGAGGAGGAUGUGGGCAAGCGCCGCGACGAGGUAACUGCGCCGCGCCUGGCCGAGCUCAACCAGUACGUGCCGACGUCGGUGUUUGGCGGCUCGCUCACGCCCGCGGAUCUGAAGGCGUUCAGCUGCGUCGUUGUCACGGAAAUGCCACUGCUGCAGCAGCUCGAGUUUAGCGAAGCAGCGCAUGCCAACGGAAUCUACUAUAUCUCGACGGAGCUGCGUGGCCUGUUUGGCUACGCCUUCAACGACUUUGGCGAAAACUUUGUUGUGGUUGAUCCCACAGGCGAGGAGCCGCUGUCGGGCAUGGUUGCCAGUAUCGAGAAGAGCGCUGAGGGCGUCGUCACGUGCCUGGACGAGACACGCCAUGGCCUCGAGGACGGGCAGUUUGUCACGUUCACUGAAGUGCAGGGCAUGGGCGAGCUUAACGGCUGCGAGCCGCGCCAGGUCAAGGUCCUGGGACCCUACACGUUCAGCAUCGGUGACACCACAGUGUUCGGCGACUAUGUGCGCGGUGGUCUGUUCCAGCAGGUCAAGCAGCCAGUCACAGUCAACUUCACAUCGCUCAAGGACGCCCUGGAGAACCCCGAGUUCCUGGUUUCGGACUUUGCCAAAUUCGACCGUCCCGCACAGUACCACGUUGGCUUCCAAGCCCUGCAUGCCUUUGCUGCUGCCAACGGCGGCAAGCUGCCCCGGCCCGGCAACGAUGCCGACGCGGCCGAGGUGCUGCGCCUGGCCAACGGGAUCAACGAUAAAUGGUCGCAGAAGACCGAGCUCGACGCCGAGCUGCUGAAGAAGCUAUCGUACCAGGCCCAGGGCGACCUGUCCCCGAUGGUCGCUGUGUUUGGCGGUCUGGUCGCUCAGGAGGUGCUGAAGGCGUGCACAGGCAAGUUCUCGCCAAUCAAGAACUUUAUGUACUUUGACUCGCUCGAGUCCCUGCCUGUCGGCUUCGAGCCCUCCGAGGAGGAUCUCGCUCCAAUCGGCUCGCGGUACGACGGCCAGAUUGCAGUCUUUGGCCGCAAGUUCCAUGAGAAGAUCACAAACUUCCGCGAGUUCCUGGUCGGCUCUGGCGCUAUCGGCUGCGAGAUGCUGAAGAACUGGGCGAUGAUGGGCCUGGCCACCGGUCCGCAGGGUGUCAUCCACAUCACUGAUAUGGAUACCAUUGAAAAGAGCAACCUCAACCGCCAGUUCCUGUUCCGCCCUGGUGAUGUCGGCAAGCUCAAGUCCGAGACUGCGUCGGCCGCUGUGGUUGCCAUGAACCCCGAGCUCAAGGGCAAGAUCCAGACGCACCAGGACCGCGUUGGAGCCGAGACCGAGGCCGUGUACAAUGACUCGUUCUUUGAAGGCAUCGAUGGCGUGACCAACGCGCUUGACAACGUUGAGGCUCGCCAGUACAUGGACCGCCGCUGCGUCUUCUACCGCAAGCCGCUGCUCGAGUCUGGCACGCUAGGCACCAAGGGUAACACGCAGGUUGUUGUGCCAUUCCUGACCGAGUCGUACUCGGCCAGCCGCGACCCGCCCGAGAAGUCGAUUCCGAUGUGUACGCUCAAGAACUUCCCGAACGCCAUCGAGCACACCAUCCAGUGGGCACGCGACCUGUUUGCUGGGCUGUUUGCCCAGCCAGCCGAGAACGUCAAUGCGUUCCUGUCGACACCCAACUACAUCGACCAGAUCGAGACGCUGACUAGCAUCCGCAACUUUUUGGUUGACGACAAGCCGCUGACAUUCGACGACUGCGUCGCCUGGGGCCGCCGCCGCUUCGAGGAGCACUACAACAAUGCUAUCCUGCAGCUGCUGUACAACUUCCCCAAGGACUCGGUCACAAGCUCGGGCCAGCUGUUCUGGUCGCCGCCCAAGCGCGCUCCGGAUGCCAUUGCCUUUGACGCGUCGAACGAUCCUGCACACCGCGAGCACAUCAAGGCUGUUGCUACAGCCGUCAGCAUCCCGCCCUUCGCCCCCAAGUCGGGUGUCAAGAUCCAGGUCAACGAGAACGACGACAGCGGCAGCGGUGACGCCGACGCCAGCCAGCUCGACGAGCUCAUCAACUCGAUGCCCGAUCCCUCGAGCUUUGCGGGCGUGCGCCUGUCGCCGGCCGACUUUGAGAAGGACGACGACAGCAACUUCCACAUUGACUUUAUCACGGCGGCAUCGAAUCUGCGCGCGACCAACUACGGCAUCACGCCGGCCGAUCGGUUCCGCACGAAGCAGAUUGCGGGCAAGAUCAUCCCGGCCAUCGCCACGACCACAGCGCUGGUGACUGGACUGGUGUGCCUGGAGCUGUACAAGCUGAUUGGGUCGAGCUCCGGCGACAAGAAGCGGUCGAUCGAGGACUACAAGAACGGCUUCGUCAACCUAGCCCUGCCGUUCUUUGGGUUCUCGGAGCCCAUUGCGCCCGAGAAGCGCAAGUACAACGACACCGAGUUCAGCGACUGGGACAUGUUUGACUUUGACCACGAUAUCACGCUGCAGGAGCUCGUUGACUACUUCCGGAACGAGCACAACCUGGGCGUCAACAUGAUCAGCUCGGGUGUCAGCAUGCUGUACUCGCCGUUCCUGAACCGCAAGAAGGCUGCCGAGCGCAUGCCGAUGAGGAUGUCGGAGAUUGUGACUAGCAUCACCAAGAAGGAGAUCCCCGAGCAUGUCAAGUGGAUUGUUCUGGUUGUCUGCUGCGACGACGACGACGACGAGGAUGUCGAUGUCCCCGAGGUCCGCAUCAAGAUUCGCACCUAGAUUGCUUUGCUUUAAGUCCUGUGGUGAAUACAAGCAGCCAGAGGUUUGCGCCGUGUUCUUUACCUCUACUUUUCUAAUUCUCGACUCGUGCUUUUUGUAUCCUUAAGUAUGGAGAAGAGACCUCGUGAG